AACGCAGCUAAUAAAUCGCAAACUCAACGACGACGACAACCCCCGACGCGCUGCGUCCCAUAUACGCUCCGCGAAGUCUGCGGGCUGAUGCCAUUCGGGGCCCGGCUGUGGAAAUCAUUAUUCUUUAUCAUUCCGCACGCUUCUCCGCGGACCCCCGUGUGACACGGUAGUUUUACAACGGUCGUCGUCUGUCCAGCCCGCCUUGUGCUGUGACCCUCGAGGGGGUUGUGAAUUAUUAUGUAUUCAAAUUAAACACUUCCUCUCCCCGAGAACAGUGGCCAUCCACAAACACACACACACACAACAGUCUCUUAUUGUGUCAAGCGAGAAAACCGGAGCUAUUUAUCCAUAUGCAUAUAUGUGCGACGAUCAACCCAAGAUGCCAAGCAGUGGUCAGCAGCAAAGCCCGUCCAAAAUGUGAAGUUGGCAGUGGCAAUCUUUGGGCAGAGCGUGAAACAUCCUCGUAAAUGUUUGGAAUUGAUAAUCGAUCCUCCCCGGAAAAGGGAAACUCGUAAACGAUCAUCGCAAUCAAACUACUGUUUCUCGAUCGUGUGCUACGACUCCACGAAACGAUGUUCAGAGAGGCUCGAAAAGAUCAGUGAUCGUUUUACGAUGUUCUAAGCAGGUCCGAAAUUUCUUCCUCCAAAAUUUCCCCACAAACAAAACGACAUUAAAAACCUGGCGGGAAAUAUCAUUGCCCACCUCGCCGCGUGCAUAAUGAACAGCAGAGACACUGGAUGAUGUCUCCUCGCCCGUUCCCCCAUUCUAAGCAGUAUUCUUCCGUUUCGGCUCGGUCGACGGAAGUUACCGUUUCCUGACUGUGUAUGCGUGUCCGGCUACAGUAUCGGUAUUAUUGCAUCACAGCAGCGAGAAACCGUCUAGCGGAUGUGCGCGCCCGGAAUGGAUUUGAAGGUGCGUUUGUUCUCUGCUAUCCCCAUGUGUACCGGUGGAGAAGCGUCUACGUUUGUGUGCGCCCUCUUCCGCCCUCUUGAAAUCGUGCCCCAUUGUGUUUUCCGAUUGGUCGUGGUUGUGGGUGUUGGAAAGAAGACGUUUAAUUUUAAUGCACAUCAGUCAGCGGAGGGGAGGGUGGUUGGUUAGUCGGUUGCUCCCCUUUUCUGGUGGUAGUCUGCUUGGUUGCUUAUCCAAGUUGCUGCCUUGCCUGCAGUGCUGAUACCGUUUGGAGAGUUGGAGAGAGCGUAGAACGGCACAUCAGCAGCAUUGUGUGUAUUUCGUCUCCGAACUCCAAACCCUCUGGGAACGAGAAUGGAGAUUAUUGCUUUAAUCAUCAUCUCCAACGAGACAGGGAAUUGUCGGUCCAAAAAAGGGAUAAACUCUCUUUACAUUUGAAGCGAGGAGGCAGUGUGCAUUCAUCUGUGCAAGAGUCUUCCCUAUGUGCAAUGGAGCUGAAGCAAGCGCGGAGGAAGCUGGAGUGAGGGUUGCACACCACGACUUUUUGAUACGAACUUUGAUGUGUCUUUUGUGGGGAUGGAUUUUUGUGGGCUUUGUUUCGUCGUUGUUACUCGUCCCCCCCCCCAUCCUAUGUCUAUGGGGUGUUGAUUUUAUGGCAGAACAGGGCCAGAGUAUGUAAAUGACUUUUAGGAAUGAUGAAUACCCCAACCACUUGAUUGUUUUUUUCAUUGUGUGGAGGUUGGAACAGUAACAAUGAUACAGUUCUUUCCGGGCUUUCUUCGCUUAAUUUACCCCAACUCUACGCGCGCAAGGCGAUACAAUUUGUUUGACGACUCAACGACUUGUGAUUUGUGGUUUGAAGCUGGCGAGUAGAAUGGAAGCAUAAUUUCGUCGUGUGACACGUGAUGGGUCGGUAUUUACCGCACGACGAAUUGUCCGGCAAAGGGGAUCUGGAGCAGAGAUGGUAUUUAAUUAAGUUGACUCGGGCUAUUUUCCCGGUCAACCAGGGACGCUACUCGAGCUCCAACGAUACGGAAGUUAAAUUAUGUUCUAAAGCUUGCAUGCACCAACAACUAGGUUAGCUUGUUCCAAUUUAAUUCCUAUAGGGUUUCCUGCUACUGCCGCCAAUGGAAUUACAAAAAUGGCAACCCCAAAGUGGCACAAUCCGGGCGCAGGUGGGAGGUUAGAGCCCUUGUCCGUUAGACCCAAACGGGUCCGUUUGUCCGUUCGGGUGAAAGCCUGGCUGGUAUGGGGGGCCCAUGUCCAAAGCUUCUCAAAAGGCCGGCAAGCGACAAUGUUACCGUAAUAUGUACGUAACCCGUCCAUGCGUGUGUAUGGCUAGUAGUAGGAGGAGGAUUGGUGUAAUGCGCCUUCGCCGUAUAAGUGCCGCGAGCCGAGAGACAAAAGAAAAAUCCGCUCACACUUCUUCUUAAUCUAAUUGUGUACCAUUGAUUCGCAGGAUGGAAUUGACACGGGGUGUCACGGGGGUGGACCGCCUGUCAUUAGGUGUUGAAUUUCGCUACCAGGUGGUCAGCCGUCGAGCAUUAUUGCAAUGCAUUUACAUUCAUCCGGAUUGCAGAAGUGUUUAGAAAUCACAGGUCACGGAUCGCGUGACACACAUGCGGGCAUUGCAUAACAACGCACACACCCCCGUGGAUCGGAUUUGUAUUCAUCUGGGGAAGCUCAUCCGCUUCCAUCCACCUUCUUUUCCUGACCGCCUCAAUUGUAAUUCACGCAUCCAUCUUGGGCUUGUCACUCUCUGGCGGUGUGCCAUACUUGAUCGUGUUACGAUUACUCACGCCAACUUGGUCUCUGCAAUCGCUCGAUGUGUGUUGAGACAUCCCUUUCUACACGCUUGCCUUCACCGGCUUGCCUAAUUAGCAGAGUCGUAUUUUUUCUCCUCCUGGGUUUGCUACCUUCGUCCAAUCAGCUGACGACCGGGACAAGAUCGCCAACAGACACACACACACCACACUUACCAACCGGUUCCCGAAGCGGGCGACUUCGCGGAAUAUUUCCUGCUCGUAGACACCUUUCCACAGCUUCUCCAUUCAUGCGCGGAUGAAUCAUCCACGUCCGCGCGGCGUCGUCUGUGAAUGAUGUUUGCCCACGAAUUGACGUCACAGCUGAACAACCGAGUGCACUGUUUUCAUUCAUCACGAACACCACGGAGUUGUUGUGCAUUCCGGGCCGGGCGUCCUUCUCGUGUACGACGGCGCCUACUUUUUCUUUAGUGCUCCACUCCGCUAUUUAUCCAGAUGCCAGUGGCUACUUAGCCGAAUUCCGACAAGCGGGCGGCUGUUCCGCUGUAAAUGCUUUGCUGUACAGCGGUACGCUUGCAGCGCCCUCUGCAGCAACAUUCGCUAUGUGCAUUGUGCCGCGCGUGCAUGCCCUACCUCGAACUUGCGCUCGUGUGAACUGUCAAACCGGGACAAGUUUGCCGACAUUUAAUAUCGAUUCACCCCCGAACACACUAUUUGGGGGGGGGGGAGGGCUUCCUUCGUUCUGCAUCUGUCUGCUGCUGCACUCUCACGCACACACAAGUGAAGAAUUGCUGGAAAAGCAGGAAUUUGACGGGUGAGAGAGACGGAGCGAAGGAAACGCAAUGCUCUUUCGUGGCGUGCAUUUUCGGGGCGCAUGCGUUCACGUGUCUGUCUGUUUCUGCGAGCAGUCGCGCGAACAGACACGCAAACACACGAACACAUACUGGACGAACGGCACGGACCAAGCACUGAAAAACAACAAGCACAGAAGCACUCGCAAAAAAAACCGUCCAUUCGGUGAAACAUCACACCGGGAAGGGACCCGGACCGCAAAUAAUAAAACCGUUUUCGCUAAAGUAAAACGCACCUCCUUCUCGUGCCUGUAGUUUGUUGUGUAUACGUUUUUACGCUGCUGAAAAAAGUUAGUUGUUUGCCACACAAACAUUGCUUGCGCACACUUUCGCAGUCGCAAGGAGAAAAGUCAUUUCCAGCAUGAGCGGUGGUACAGUCACGGCACGGCAGCGAUUAGUCACUGGUCGCUAGAAUUGUGCGCUGUUUUGCCGUGUGUCGGUCGGUUUGCAGUUCUUGGUUGCCGUACCCGAGGAGAAGAUUGCUGUUGGCCGCAAACAAAUCCCAACCUUCAUCUGGCAGAGCAGCACAGUGGUGUUUAGCGUAAAACGUGCGGGAGUUUUGAUAUCAGCGGCACACCGGGAACCACCGUCAACCCAGCAGCAGCGACAGUAACAACGGCAGCUCGUCUGCGACCGAAAAGUAACACAUCUGCCGAACGGACCGAUUCGUACCGCUUCUCGAUGGCGAACCUGGAGGAGACGCAGGAGGCCGAGCUGGAUGCCAUCCUGGGCGAGCUGAGCAUACUGGAGGAGCGGGGCGAUCUGCGGCACGGUCGCAGCCACAGUCGCACCAACUCCACGAUAUCGGCCGCCACCAAUACGACGCUGUCGUCCGAGAGCGGCUGCAGCAGUGUCGCGGCCGAUACGGUCUGCAGCGGCGGUAGCAUUGCCAGUGGUAUGGGUGGAGGCGUCGGCGGUGGCAACAUCAGCCUGCACCGGGAACCGCGCACCGACAGUCCGGAUAAUGAUUCCGCCUUCAGCGACACGGUGUCGCUGAUGUCGAGCGAAUCGUCCGCCUCCAGCAGUGUAAGCCACUCGCAUCUGAAGCACCUACAGGCGGCGGCGGCGGCAUCGGGUGGUAUGGUUGCCAACAGUGUACCCACAGCAUUAUCGGGACAAACGAUCGGCACCAACAACAACAACAACCAGCCAGAUGGUGGCAAGCAGGCCAAAAUUCACCUCGCCCUGCAAAAGCUAGAGCAGGCGUCGGUAAGGCGGCUGUUCGUGAAGGCGUUCACCGCCGACGGCGCAUCCAAGUCACUGCUGGUGGACGAAACGAUGAGCUGCGGGCACGUGACGCGCCUGCUGGCGGACAAAAACCACGUGCAGAUGGAACCGACCUGGGCCAUCGUGGAGCAUCUGCCCGAGCACCAGAUGGAGCGGCUGUUCGAGGACCACGAGAUGCUGGUCGACAACCUGAUGUUGUGGAAUCGCGACUCCAAGAAUCGUGUCCUGUUCCUGCAGCGGCCGGAUAAGGUGGCCCUAUUCAAGACGCCGGAAGCGUUCCUGCCCGGCACCCAGAUGGCGCCCGGAAGCGAACACGACGAGCAUACGAGGACCAUGCUGCUGGAUGAGUUUUUCAACAGCGGGAGCCAAAUUGCCCUCGAGGGGCCACUGUACAUGAAGAAUGACGCCAAGAAGGGCUGGAAAAAGUAUCACUUCGUGCUGCGCGCGUCCGGGCUGCACUACUAUCCGAAGGAAAAGACACGCUCGGCCAAAGAUCUGCUCUGUCUGGCACUGUUUGCCGGGCACGAGGUGUACCGGGGGCUGGGCUGGAAGAAGAAGCACAAAGCGCCGUCGGACUACACGUUCGCGCUGCGCUGCCCGAAGCUGCCGGCCGGUGUGAAGGGCAUACGGUCGGUGAAGAUGCUGUGCGCGGAAGAUGCGUCGACGAUGGAAAACUGGAUCACUGCCAUACGCGUGAUGAAGUAUGGCAAGAAGCUGCUCGACAACCACCGGACGCUGCUGGACGAUUUGGCCCGGGACGAGCUGGACAAGCUCAGCUCGGCCAGAAGCAGCUCCAUCGGAAGCAUCGUCUCGUCCGUGCCCUCGCAGUGCAGCACGGGCAGCAGCAACAGCAGCGGCAGUGGCAGCAACCAUCUACUAGUUCCUCUCAGCGCCACCAACGGCAGCAACGCCAACAACUGCACUGCCAACGGUAACGGGCGGCUCUCGCGAGCGUCCUCCUCCAGCUCGAGCGGCUGCCUGUCGGACGAGAACAACGGGUUCGAUUCCGAGUUCCCGACCGGCACGAUCAAGCGCAAACCCUCGAUGAAACCAAAUCUGCCCCUCACCUCGAUGACGCGCCAGCUGAAGGAGGUCGGCGAGACGACGCGGCUAAAAGAUUCGCCCGGCUCGGUAGGCUCGGGAUCGAUCGGCGAGGGCGGCACGCUGACCCGGCGCCACAGCCGGCGAAGAAGCGAGGAGAGCACGGGCAGCGGUACGCUUAAGCGCCGACCCAUGCCGACGCAAAACCGCGGCUCAAUCGAAAGCAUGAGCUCGUCCGCCUCAACGCCAACGCCGGUCGGCAGUGUGCUGAACACGCCGGUCAACUUUGAACCGCCGCCGGUGACAAUCCUGAGCCCCUUGGGGGGCCACCCCACAAUCGUAACGCCGAACGGGGGCAAUGGUGGUGGAAACGUCCCCGGCACGACGACGACGAUCAUUGAACCGGUACCGUCCUGCAUGACUGAUUCGACGUUUUCGCUGCCGCCACCGCCGCCCCCACCCGUCGGGGACGAUCCGAUGGGAGCGAACUUUUCCGGCUCUACCCUGUCGCUCGAUUCGCUGCCACCACCGCCACCCCCGAACGAGCUCGACAACUCAUUCAGUGGAUCUCAACUGUCGCUCGCGUCCGUGCAGUUGCCGCCGCCUCCACCACCGUCCGCGGCCGUUGGUGGUGCAACAGCGGCACCAGCAGCCUCCCCCUCCAUGCCAACCGCAGUGCAGUCUUCCCCGGCCGCCAGGGCUGACAGCCUGCAGGAAAAGCGGCCGGCAGCGAAUGUGAUGCCCUCCGUCGCACAGUCCAUUAUGAAGCUGAACAGCCACACGCUACCGAACCCGGCACCGGCCUCCGCCAUCCUGAAGAAGGAACCGAUCUACUCGAAGACGCUGAAACCAUCCGCCCUGAAGGCACCGCCGUACAAGGCCCCGCCACCGUACAACGGGGGCGAGGGUGGGUCGGCUUCGGGCGCCGAGGUGGCGACACCACCGCCAGCCUCCGCGAAGAGCGUCUCCUUUGCCGAAUCGCCCGUGCUGCUGCGGCGCAAGGUGUGCUUCGAAGACGAGGUGGUGGUGCAGGAAGUGCCACCGUCGCCUAGGCGCAUUUGCGCCUCGUACAGUGUCGGUCCGCCCGCUCCGCCGCCCCGUGCGGAGGCGACGCGCCUGUCCACCACGUACACGUCGCCGAAGCGGCUGAGCGAAUCGAGCGCCAAUCCGCCGCGCGACUUCCUGAAAGAUCUCCAGCGCGUCAUGAACAAGAAGUGGCAGGUGGCGCAAAAGUGCAAACUCGAACCGGCCACGACCCCGCACGAGGUGCUUGGGUUCCGCGACAUCCACGGCGGUGGCGCUGGCAGUGAUCUGUACUCGUCCGCCACGCCCUACUACCGCGAGACGGCCAACGUGAGCAACUGGGUGCAGGAGCACUACGGUGCGGCACCGGACGGGCUGUACGAGAACCUGGGCAGCAACAUGGGCAUGGAACCGAACUACCCGAUCGUGGCAGCGAACGUGUCAGCAGUACCAGCGCAUCCGCACCUUCCCCCGACCGCUGGUGGACCCAUGUUGCAGGGAGGCGGUGGUGGUGGUAGCAUAAAGAAGCGGCCACCUCCACCACCACCAAAGCGCAGCGAAAAGACACAGCUGACCACCACCGCUGGACAGCCGGGGCCUGCCCUGUCGCAACAGCCCCUGCCAGCCCAUCUUCAUCACCAUCAACAGCUGCUCGCCCAUCAAUACCUGCAGCAGCAGCACCAGCAGCACCAACAGCAGCAGCAACAUCAGCCGCCCCAUCAGCAACGGGUCUGAACCCUGCUGUGCCUGUAUUGGCCACAAUGCAGGAAGGAAGAUACCACUACUACUACUAAUACUACCACUACUACUACUACCACUACUACUGCUACUACUACUACUAAAACGGAUACGUACUAGCUUCGGGUGUGAUAGAUGACGGCAGGCGCGCGCCUAAGAUGUGCGGAUGUUGAUGUAAGACUGGCCCUCCCCUGCGUGUGUGAUUGCCAAGGCAUCGAAAACGCGGGUGGUUGCGAAAUCCGUGCGAACUGAAAGUCUGCUUUAGGGAAACGAAAUGGAAGUUUACUUUCGCUUUUCUGUUUAGUCUAUCACUAACUACAAGCCACUAAGAUUAGCAAGAUCUGCAUGACGUGUAGUGCACGGCAGGUGCAGCGAAUCGGGCAACUCGGAGGAAGGAAGCUCGGAAUCGAUCAAUCAUUAUUGUGAUUAGCAGUAGCAAAGGCAACGUUUGUAACUGAAGCGAAGCGAAUGAAAGUGUCGUAUAAGGAUAAUUUAUUGAAAUUUUUUAAAACAGUUUUGCCCACUCCAAUGAGCGAGCGAGGUGGAACGGGAAUAACUUUAAAUACGAUGUGCGCCAGAACGAUCGAACAGAAUCGAAUGCUUAUAUGUGUAAAAUAGUUCAUUAUAUUUGCGGACACUAGUGUGUUUUAAGAAUCUUGAUCCGGAAACGCGUGCUACGGAGGAAAAGGGUUAACCGUGGGCGCUUGUUUCCGGAUUUGUGUACAGUUUAUUGCGCCGAGAGGGAGAACUACUAGGGAUGGCGGGAGCGAGAAUUAAUUUAGAAACGGAUCACGAAUGAAACGAGCGAGUUUUUCGAUGAUUGUUGUUGUUAAGCGAUAUAAAAUAUCCGGCUCCUGCAGAACCAAUAAUACGCAAAUCGGGAGGACGAUCGAGUCGAGGAUCACCUUCUUGAGGGUUAUGGGGUGUGAGGGUUGUUGUUAGACUGAGAGAGUGAGAGAGCAGAAGUUGCUGGAUGCGUCUUAGUCAUCCUAAACUAAAAAGGCACUGAAGCCACGUUGGAACGCAAAGGAAGUAAAAACGGAGCAUGUUCUAACUAUAAACCAAAUCUGUGGGAAGAACCUGACACCCGGUAUGUGCCGUCGGAAGAGAGGAUCCAAAGGCGUAACGUUCUGUACAGUUUUUUUUUACCGGUUUGCUUAUAGCGGCGGAGCGAGCAGAAAGGCAGACAAGAAUUUAGGGAUGAUUAAAACCCGCGAUGCGAUCGGAUGAGGUUUUGCGUGUGCGAACGAUGUAAUAACAGCAAGUGCCAUGGGCUAAGUGUAGUUUUUUUUGCUAAGGAAGACGCAUACUAAUAUUACCACUAGUGUCGUAAUAAACCCUCGUAGAAACCCUUCGUAUUUCGUGUACGCCAACUAUACAAACUACUACUCUGUGCUUUUUCGUCGUUUUUCUUUGUUUGUUUGUUUGUUUCGGAUGGUGUAGAGGCGUGCUCUUGCGCGCUCGUCCGCUAGGGUAGUGUUAGAUGUUACGUUACGACCAACGCAAACGAACCAAUGCUUUUUGCUUGAAAAAAAAACCCCGUUGUUUCUCCUGUGCCGGUUGUAAACGUGAGAUUGUCAACAGACAACCGCGUGUAGUAGAGGUAGAGAUCGCUUUGAAUUGAUCGUCUUUUAUUUAAUCGUGUUUUUCGUCAUUGAAUGGUGUUACUAUUAAGCGUUUCCGGAAGCAGCAGAUGAUGCAGAGGCGGCGAACGGCGUUUUCCGCUGUCCCACGUGUUAAGGCACGACUUUUGGGAACAAAGGCAUCGAUUUAUGACAAUUUUACUGACAAGAGCAGGUCCGCAAAAUACGCAUUGCGGAAUGAAUCAUUAUUACGAUAAGAAACUAUAAAGCAUAAUAAAAGCACAGAAAAAAUACACACAUACAAAACGAAA